UUUGUGUGAACCCAUUGGUAUCUAUACAACAUCUUUACAAUUCUCCUAAGCCUAAGAUUCAGGAAAGGAUUUUCUAAUUGCCUAUUUUUUAGAUGGCCUCCUUCUUGCAAGGAUCAAGCUCAACUUAGUCCUAACUUGUUCUGAGUGGAGUGGAUUGAAAGUAAAUGACCAUUGGGAGAGGUAUCAGACUGUAAUGUUUCUUGUACAAAAGUAGAGAGUGACACAUAUCUUGUCAUAUCACUAAUCAGGAACUUACAGACUUCUUUUCAGGGCUCUUGGGCUAUUUGUUUGGAAUUUUUAAUUGUGAAUCCUGCCUCAAUCUGUGACUCCUGGAAAACUUAUCAGAAGUUAAAAGUGUAUUUAAAACUGUUAGUGUUUCCAUAUGUAGUUCAGUCUCCAUAGCUGUUAAUGAGCCUCUUUUGUGUAUGGAGACAUUUAAUUGAUAGUGAUUUUAUUUUUAAAAACCUGUUGUUUGAAACCCCCUUGCCACAGCUUUGGCUACCACAGAUGGUUAUAUGCAGGCUUAGUUUCUGUCACCACGUCUCUAUCACUGAUGUAUGUUGUUAAGAGGAAAGACUUGAUGCAGGGGUAUGCAUCAAACCAGUGUGGAGAAGGAAAAUGUUAAUCCAUACCUGUCUAAUUUCAAUGCCAUAAAUUGAAAUAAAACACAGCAUGGGAUAAGGCAGAAAAAGGAUCCUUUCUGAGUAAUGUACAUAUGUUGUGAGCAUGGGUCCUUUUUGCAGACCCUCUGUGCCUUUGCUCCUGCUGUGCAUCAUAGACUCAUCUGGGCAAGGCUGAUUAAAAUUUUCAGGAUUUAGAAAAUGUCUAUUAUGUUCAACAACCAGCUGUGGGACAAUUUCAGGGCUGAGAGAUGAUCCACAGUGUAGUCAAGCUAGGGCAGCUGCACUAAAUUUUUUAAUUCUUUUGUGCUCUCACUCAGCAGCUGUUUCAUGAUGGACUCCAUUUCUAGACCAAUUACUGAGUUUUGCCUUGAUCUGUACAAAAAGCUCAACAGAAGUGCAGAGGACACAAAUAUUGUCUUCUCUCCUAUGAGCAUCUCUGUUGCCCUGGCCCUGAUCCAUCUUGGUGCAAAAAACAACACUGCUGCUCAGAUAGAAAAAGUGCUCCAUGUCAGGAAAGCUGCAGGAAGAAUGAGUCUUGGAUCUGAUCACGAGAAUGCAGCCCCAGAAAUGGAGCCAGAAGGAAGCCUGGAGAGUCAGCCUUCCUUCUCAGAGUGUAACAAGGAAGGAGACCUUGAUCAUAAAGUGUUCCAGGAGCUGCUUUUGCAACUACAAAACCUUGGUGAAAAAUACAUUUUAACCUUGGCCAACAAUCUCUUUAUACAACAAGGAUUUGAGCUCCAGCAGCAAUUUCUAAUGUGUAGCAAGGAACUGUAUGGAGCAAUGCUGCAAACAGUUGACUUUCAUGGUGCUGUUGAAGCUGCCAGAAGAAAAAUUAAUGCUUGGGUUGAAAGUGAGACACAAGGUAAAAUCAAGGAACUCUUUGCACCUGGUGUGAUUGAUGUACGUGCAUUGCUGGUGCUUGUGAAUGUAAUCUACUUUAAAGCAUCCUGGGAAAGCAAGUUUGAGGAAGAAAAAACAGUUCUGAGGGAUUUUAAACUGAAUCAGAACAGAAAGAAACCUGUGCAGAUGAUGUAUCAGAAAGGCAAAUUUAAACUGGGCUACAUCGAGGAGGUGGGUGCUCAGAUCCUUGAACUCCCUUAUGCUCAGAAGUCACUGAGCAUGAUCAUCCUGCUGCCAGGGGAUGUGGCUGAUGGAUCUGUCAGUGGGCUGGAGCAGAUUGAAAGCACAAUCACCUAUGAAAAUGUAAUGCUGUGGGCCUCCUCAGAGAACAUGUUUGAGACAACAGUGGAGGUUUACCUGCCCCGAUUCAAGCUGGAAGGCACCUUUAACCUCAACGAGGUUUUACAAGAGAUGGGGAUGACUGACAUCUUCACUGAAUCAAAAGUUGACCUUUCUGCAAUGACAUUUGCAAAAUCACUGGUGCUGUCAAACGUUGUCCACAAGGCAUAUGUGGAAGUCAAUGAGGAAGGCACCGUGGCGGCGGCUGGCACGGGAGCUUCCAUUGUGAGGAGGUCUCUGCCUCUCACAGAGGUGUUCAUGGCUAAUCACCCUUUCUUAUUCUUUAUUAGACACAAUCCUACCAAUGCUAUUGUUUUCUUUGGCAAACUCUGUUCACCUUAAGGUCAGGGCCAUUUUCUAACACUGUGAGGACCACCUGGAUGAAAAGCUGAAAUUGUAUUUUUCUCCCAAAUGCUUUCUUAAUCCUUUGAUGGCUAAUUUGUAUUUCAAAAUAGUCACUGC